CUUAUGAUCUUCUGUACACAGCUCGAAAGAAGGAUACCUGGUUCGAAUACAAAUACAGCUUCCCUCUCCCUCCCUCGAAAAUCUUUCACGUGCCAUUUAGAUCAAUUUUUGUUAGGAUGAGAGAUGAUGUGGCAAAUAUAACAACACCACCAUUCUUUGCAUUCUCAGACAGCGGGGCCACCGGCAACGACAGGGACUGAGGAAGUGGUUGCGCGGCAGAGGCGGAAACGAAAGGGUGAAAUAGCUGAGAUAAUUUAUUUGCAAGUUGAGAGUUAUGAUUGGAAGAUUAAUUUUAUCAUUGGAUAUGAAUGUUAUUUUGUUGAAAAUUAAAGUUUAUACAAUAGAAAUAAAUAAAAAAUAAUAUAUUAAGAAAAUAAUUGAGAUGGAAAAUUUUGAAAUCAAGUCCCAAGUUAUUCUCCAACACUGUGUCUAUGCCUUUUUAUUAAGCCAACAGAAACUCAUUUGGGAUGAUAAUAGAAGUGUCAUGCAUGGAGUGUGUGAUAGUAUUUUGUGGCAUUCACAAAUCUUGCAUGAAUCUGCUGUUGAAAAGGAUUAAUACAUUUGAUGAUGGAGCUUCUGAGAUUGAGAAAAUGAUAACAGACAUAUCUCGAAGAUGGAGGGUGCUCAGUGGCCUGAAUAACUGGCAGAACCUCCUCAACCCUCUGGAUGGGGAUCUACAGAGUUAUCUUCUUCACUAUGGCUCAAUGGCUCAAGCAACAUACGAUGCAUUCAACUCAGAGAAGCGAUCGAAGUAUGGUGGGAGCUGCAGAUACGCGAAGAACAACUUGUUUUCGAAGGUGGGGUUGGUUAAGGCCAAUCCUUUCAAAUACAAAGCUGUAAAGUAUAUAUAUGCAACAGCAGACAUUGAAGUCCCGAAAUCGUUCAUCUUGAAGCCCCUGCGGCAUAAAGCAGCCUGGUGUGGGAAAUCAAACUGGAUGGGAUAUGUUGCAGUAGCCACUGAUGAAGGAAAGAUAGCGUUGGGAAGAAGAGACAUUCUGGUUGCUUGGAGAGGGACUAUUAUGCCGGUCGAAUGGGCCAAGGAUUUCGAAUUCCCUCUGGUAUCAGCAUCCACCAUUUUUGGAAAAGCUUGCGGCGAUGCUAAGGUGCACCAGGGUGUUGUGUCCCUGUACACUUCAUUCGAUCCCAACUCAAAUUUGAACAAAACCAGCGCGCGAGAUCAGGUUCUGUCAGAAGUAAGAAGAUUGUUGAAACAAUACAUGAACGAAGAGGUAAGCAUAACAAUCACGGGGCAUAGUUUGGGCGGAGCUCUUGCGAGUCUGAAUGCAGCAGACAUUGUCUGUAAUGGGCUUAACAAGAUUAGCAGAAGCCAUUCAUCUAUGGGGUGUCCUGUGACGGGGUUUCUCUUUGGUGCAAUGCGGAUUGGCGACUUCGAAUUCAGAGACAUUUUGGAGUCGAUGAAAGAUAUUCACAUCUUAAGGGUUUGUAAUGCUACUGACAUUGUUCCUUAUUAUCCAACAGUAGGGUACAGUGUUGUUGGAGUGGAGCUGGAAGUGGACAAUCGAAAGUCUCCAUAUCUGAAGCGAUCCAAUAAGCCUGCUGCUGGUCAUAAUCUGGAGUCGGCUUAUCUGCACGCAGUGGCCAUGGAGAAGGAGAAGGGGAAAGAAUGGAAAAGAGACGUUGCUAAUGCUAACAGGACUAUGAAUGCUCUAAAAGAUAAGUUGUUGAUUCCGGCCCGUUGGUGGGUUGAGAAGAACAAAGGAAUGGUUCAAUUGGAGAAUGGGAGAUGGGCGCUGCAAGAUCAUGAGACAGAUCUGGACGAGGAUGAUUGAUCAGUCUUUGUUUGUAUUUGUACUAACUAAAGUCAAUUAUGAGUUGUUUGUAAGGUAUUAGGUUAUCAAAUAAUAAUAAUAAUAAUAAUAAUAAUCUAUUCUGGAUUAAA